AGCCAGUCCCAGGAAGAUAGCACAGCACGGAAGGAGCGGGAGGUGAUGCUGCGGCUGAAGGAGGUGGUGGACAAGCAGAGGGAUGAGCUUCGUGCCCAAGCCCAUGAGAUUGUCUGCAAGAACCGAGACACGGAGGCGCUGCAGGAACAACUGCAUCGCUUCAUGGCCAUGAACGAGGACCUGCGUCACAAGGUGGCUGUGGUGCAGGCUCAGCUCAAGAGCACACUGGAGAAGAAGUCAGACCUGGAGGCUGCAAUGCUGCAAACCCAGAGGGAAAUGAGUAGGAGGAGCAGGACCACCUCUGAGAUCCAGCGGCCAAAGCCCAGCCUGGAAGGAGAACUGUCACCCAUGGAAGAGCCACAGCACCAGGAUGCAGACACGGCCAGGAGCCCUGCUCACUGCUGCUUCUCCAAGGAAGAGCUGCAGCAGAUCCUGCAAGAGCGGAACGAGCUCAAGACCAACCUGUUCUUGGUGCAGGAGGAGCUGGCUUAUUACCAGCGGGAGCUGCUGAACGAAGAGCGAGUUCCUGGCUUCUUCUUGGAUGCGAUGAAAUCAACUAUCAAAAGACAGAGAAAAAAAAUCAGAGCCAAAAUGUUGGGAACAGCAGAGGAGUCGGCGAGCAGCGAUGAAGACGAGGGCUCCUCUCCAGCUCGCGGCACAGACUGUGUGGAUGCUCAGCCUCCCGAAUCCAAAAUCAGGAGCUU